UGAGACGAGCAAACGAAGUGAAGUUCCAGUCUGCGUGUAAAAUUUGCUUUUGGUUCUGCAUACGAAAGAGCACUUGAGAUGGCUGCAAUAGACGAAAAAGCCUCUGCUAAAAGAUGGCUUCCUCUCGAAGCAAACCCUGAUGUGAUGAACCAGUUCCUAUGGGGACUGGGCCUUCCAGGAAGCGAGGCAGAGUGCUGUGAUGUGUAUGGUCUGGAUGAAGAACUACUGGAAAUGGUUCCCAAGCCUGUACUAGCUGUGCUUUUUCUUUACCCCUUAACCUCAAAGGUUAAUUUCAUUUCUGAUCAGACUGAGGAAGAGAGGUUGCAACAGGAAAAUGAAAAAAAGGAACACAGCACUAAAGUAUAUUUUAUAAAGCAAACUGUGGGAAAUGCUUGUGGUACUAUAGGACUUCUUCAUGCUCUUGGGAACAUAACAUCUGAGAUCAAACUUACUGAGGGAUCGUUCUUUGAUAGAUUCUUUAAAGCUACUACAAGCAUGGAUCCAUUACAGCGUGCAGCAUUUCUUGAGAAUGACAAAGAAAUGGAAGCUGCUCAUUCAGUAGCUGCCACUGCUGGUGAUACAGAGGCAUCAGUUAAUGUGGAUACUCAUUUCAUCUGCUUUGCUUGUGUUGAUGGUGAACUUUAUGAGCUUGAUGGAAGAAAGUCAGGACCUAUAUCUCAUGGUCAGUCGUCACCAAAUACUUUAUUGGAGGAUGCAGCUAAAGUCAUACAAGGCAUGAUCCAGAAAAAUCCUGACUCUCUUAACUUCAAUGUCAUUGCCAUUUCAAAGAAAGCUGGAGAUGGAAAGUAAGGAUGUAGGUGCAGGUAUCAUGGGUAGGGUUGAACCUAUUUAUAAGUAGUCUUUGAUGUUAUCCUCGGCAUUUCAAGGAACUCUUUACUCGCUUUGGUUUUGCAUGUACUCAGAUUGUGUGUUUUCAUUUAUGAUGAUCAAGCAUGAUCACCACCUUCCUAACGAUUA